UUAAUACCAAAAUGAAAAAAAAAGUCUAAACAAAUGUUGCCUAAACCCCUCCAACAGUCUUGAGUAUCAGAAAUGGCACUCUCUGUCUCCCCUACCACGCCCUACUACACUUGCUCUCUCUCUUUCCGCCAUGAACGCACUAUCCCUUUCUCACUCCAUAUCAAUGAACUCCACCACUAUCCCCUUCUCUGCGCCGCCGCCACCGCCAAGUCGCAGACUGGCCCGGUCGAGAAGAACCGCCAUUCCUCUUCCGCCAAUAAGAAGAGGAAGAAAAAGGGCAAGCGCGCCGGUGACCAAGGCGACGACAACGACGACAUCGAUUCCGAGGGGUUGAGCUUCAGUGAGGUUGAAAUUGUGCAGUCUGAGUCUGUUUCGCCUGGUGUUGAGGCGUCGAUUUCAGGGUCGGAUUCUCGCUCUUUGGGUAACUAUGCUACGCCGAUGCCGAAACCACCGGCUGGGUUCGUGGUUGAUGACCAUGGAAAGGUUCUAAUGGCUUCCAAUAAGCGAAUCGCUACCAUUGUGGAUCCUACCAAUAAUGUUCCUUUGGAGUGUGUUAUAAGGAGGGUAUUCAAAAGUUCAAGAGGGGAUGAUUGUAUGUUGCUAUGCCCAGUUGACAUGCCUGUUCAGAUAUUGAAGAGCACAAAUAUUGAAGGCUGGUCUGCUGUAAGUGAUGAAGAAGUUGAAGCAAUUCUUCCCUCUGCUGCUUAUGCCCUUGCGAAGAUUCAUAUGCAUUUAGUACAUAGCGGAUUCUGUUAUACAGCACGAGGAGGGUUUUGCUACUCAGAAGAUGACAUAUUUGAUUUUCGCACAGAUGAUGGUCAAGAUGUAGAUGGCUUACCUACUGAGGGUGUAGAAAUUACAUGCUUCCAUAUGGAUGGUACACAUUACAUGAUAUAUACACCAUCUGAUCCACUUCUAUUUGUUGCUGUAAAGGAUAAUAAUGGAGUUUUGCAAAUUGCUGAUGAUCUUUUGGUGGCUUAUCCCCUGAGAGCUAAAGAGGUUGUGCAUAGGUUUAAUGUGAAAAUACAUAGGAUCUACUGGAUGACUCUGCCAUAACAAGUGCCAUAGACGAGGAGACUGAAUUCAAUGCCUUAGUGGAAGAGGAAGCUGCUUUACUUGAUUCUUUGUUAGGGAAAGAAUAGUAGUGUGUAUCCUAAGAAAAGCUUCCCAAGAAUUUCUAGAUUGACUUUAUAUGGCCGUAAUCGAGGGGAAGAAAGAACUUGAAAUCUUGCACCUUUAGAUGCCAUUGAUUCAAGAGACCUAGUAAGCCGAGCAGUGUGUGUAUAUUGUAAAUUUUGUUUCCAUGCUAAACAUGUUUAGGACUUCACUGUACUCAACAUCAAUUUUAUGCAAUUUUAUUGGCUUUUGAUUUUUGUA